GGAAGGAUCAUUUGCAUUGGCAUGUAAAAGUUAUUAUUAUCCUGGUGAAUGUGUUGUAGCAAGGCGUGGUUCACCAAUGUUAGUUGGCAUUAAAAGUCCACAUGAAUUGACCAUGAAUCAUAUACCGGUAUUUUAUAAACCGAAUAAACUAUUGAACUCACUUCCGAAUGCUUCUAACACAACUUAUAAUAUUCGACCAGUAUCGAAUGAUGGACAUACUGAGUCAGGUGAUUCAUCUAUGGAACAAGUGACACAUUGUUUAAGUGGAGCAGAUGGUCAUCGUGAAAUUGAAUUUUUCUUUGCAAGUUGUGCAAGUGCACUGAUAGAACAUACAGAUAAAGUGAUAUUUCUUGAAGAUGAUGAUGUAGCAUCUGUUCAUGAUGGUCAACUGACAAUUCAUCGUUUAUCACGAAGUGCAUCAACAACACGUGAAGUUGUUACUUUACAAAUGGAAUUACAACAAAUUAUGAAAGGUAAUUAUGAUUAUUUCAUGCAAAAAGAAAUAUUUGAACAACCUGAAUCUGUAUUGAAUACAAUGCGAGGUCGAAUAAAAUUUGAUAUGAAUACUGUGAAAUUGGGCGGUCUAGCGGAACAUUUAAGUGCAAUACGUCGUUGUCGUCGAUUGAUAUUCAUUGGUUGUGGAACUAGUUAUCAUAGUGCAGUUGCAACUCGUGCACUCAUUGAAGAAAUGUCUGAAUUACCAGUGAUGGUUGAACUAGCCAGUGAUUUAUUAGAUCGUAAAACACCAAUAUUUCGUGAUGAUGUUUGUGUGUUUAUUAGUCAAUCAGGUGAAACUGCUGAUACUUUAUUAGCUAUGCGUUAUUGUAUUAAACGUGGUGCACUUGCACUAGGCAUUACAAACACUGUCGGUUCAACAAUAUCACGUGAAUCACAUUGUGGUGUACAUAUUAAUGCUGGCCCGGAAAUUGGAGUAGCUAGUACUAAGGCUUAUACAAGUCAAGUGAUUGCUUUAGUAAUGUUUGCUUUAGUUUUAUCUGAAGAUCGUAUUUCUCUACAACCAAAACGUAUUGCAAUUAUUGACGCCUUGUCGAAAUUAUCUGAUCAAAUACGUUCUAUAUUGAAAUUGGAUUCAUCGUUACAAGAAUUGGCUAAAACAAUUUAUAUGAAAAAGAGUAUUUUAGUAAUGGGUCGUGGUUAUAAUUAUGCUACUUGCUUAGAAGGUGCAUUAAAAUUGAAAGAAUUAACUUAUAUGCAUGCAGAAGGUAUUAUGUCUGGUGAAUUGAAACAUGGUCCAUUAGCAAUGAUUGAUCAUGAAAGUACAAUAAUUAUGAUUAUUACACGAGAUCGUUUAUUUAAAAAAACAAUGAAUGCAUUGUCAGAAAUCCGGGCGCGAAAGGGACAUCCAAUUGUAAUUUGCAGUGAAGGUGAUUUACAAGUGAUGGCAGAUGCAUCGUAUUCCAUUCAAAUACCGGAAACAGUGGAUUGUUUACAAAGUGUACUAGCAGUUAUUCCAUUACAAUUGAUUUCAUUUCAUAUAGCAGUACAACGUGGAUUAGAUGUGGAUUGCCCUCGAAAUUUAGCAAAAUCUGUGACAGUUGAAUAAAAGUAUAAUUAUAUUCAAAGAAUCAUCAAUCAUCAAAAACUAACAGCAAUAAUAUCUUGUGAUGAGCAUCGCUUACCUGUGUGUGUUUGGACAUCCAAGUAAACAAUUUGAUCACUCUGGGUCUCAUGUCAAUUUCGAUUGUGUAAACAUUUCAACACUUCAAUGUUACUUUCAUAUAUCCUAUCUAAUCUAUCUAUCUAUUUGUAUUUUAUGCUUGGUUCAAUCAAUGUUUUCAACAUUGUGUUACAAUUGGUCUUUCUUUACUUUUCUAAAUAUAUUAUUUGAAUUACUUUUCUUUUUGUACCUGCCUUGACUUAAAAAAAAAUUAAUUUUCACAUGUUAACUUUUAUUCAAUCUAGUUGUUGUUGUUGUUAUUAGUGAUUCUUUUAUUAUGUGGUAGUUAUUCAAUGUUUCAAUAUAUUUUAUUAAACACCGAAGAAAAUGCGCUCUUUUUGAAAAUAUGUUAAUUUUUUUUUCGUGUGCGUGUUGUUGUUUUUUGCAUGUAUGUUUGUUUGUUUGUUUAUUUAUUAUUAUUUCAAACAACAAAAUGUUAUUCUCAAAUGUUUUCUUUUUACUUUUAUGGAAUGAAUACUUUGUGUUCAAUUGCUAUUUCUACUUUGAAUCGUAUUUGACAUUAACAACAACAACCAGCAUUGCUGUGAUUUCAUUUUAAAAUAAAUUUUUUUUGUGAAU